UGCCUAAAUAUACAAUCGUGUAUUUCAAUGCCAGAGGUCGCUGUGAAUCCAUGCGCAUGCUAAUGGCUGAUCAGGGUGUGGAUUGGACAGAAGAGGUGGUGAUAUAUGAUGAUAACUGGCUGAAAGGGGACCUCAAAAAAGAAACCGUGUUUGGUCAACUUCCAGGAUUCAAGGAUGGAGACUUCACUAUGUAUCAGUCAAAUGCCAUUCUCCGCCAUCUUGCUAGGAAUCAUGGUCUCUAUGGGAAAACUCCAGUUGAGGCUGCACAGAUAGACAUGGUAAAUGAUGGAGUGGAAGAUCUCAGGCUGAAGUAUGUUAAUCUCAUCUACGAAAACUAUGAAAAUGGAAAAGAAGAUUAUAUAAAGGCUCUUCACACUGAGCACGGUCAUUUUGAGCGUAUCCUUUUUAAAAAUAAAGGAGGAAAAGGCUUUCUUGUGGGAGAUCAGAUUUCCUAUGCAGACUAUAACCUUGUGGACAUGCUCAUGAACCACCAGGUGUUGGCUCCAGGCUGCUUCUCGGGAUUCCCUCUCCUGUCUGCCUAUGUCACCCGCAUCACCAGUCGUCCUAAGGUUAAAGCCUUCCUUUCCAGUGAUGCCCACAAGAACAGACCAAUCAAUGGCAACGACAAGCAGUGA